AUGAUUUCCCCCGAGGAACUCGUUCACAGCAUGAUUGCGGCUUGCGCUGAAGCCAUUCGGAAGCAAAAAGACAUGGAGACUGGCCAGUGGGAGGCCUGGCGUGCCAAGUGGAAGAGUUGUUUGCUCAGCAUUCCCGUGUCUAUCUUGAACUCCAACUCCGAGCACGACCCUGACCGUGUUUGGGUGAAGGCCUUCAACCGCCGACAGACCGUGAGACAGGACCACGAAUCCUUGUCGCGGACAGCCAUGCAAACCGCGAUCGAAAUCGAACAGUUUCGAAUGAUUUGUGAAGACCAUCCGGCAUGCAAGGGACGGCUUCAGCCCGCGCAAUUGGCGCAAGAGUUUGUGAAGCUUGGGCUGGCCUCGGUGCAGGGCGGUGGUCGAAAGGAUGGCGAAGACGAUGGUCGCCUGACGGCCAACCUGAUAAGUCAGGCCCUGGCAAUGAAAAAGGGAAUCUUGAGUUCACCGCGCGCGGUGGAGAUCCUUUUAGAGAUGGAGACCGCUUAUGGCACCAGAAGUCCGUUUCAUCACAUGAGCCGUUUGCAUGUCUUGGAGUACUUUUUCGACAUUCUGCUUCCCAAGAGCGGGAUGACAGAAUCCGAUCGCCAGCUUUUGAGAGACAAGACGUUGAAGCAUGACGUCUACAGAGCCUACCGUGGCGAAGCCGACUGCUCCUGGAUGGCUCGCUUGCAAAAAUCGGCGAUUUCGACGUUCCAUCUGUUGGAGGACGUGGUAUUUAGCCGAAAGUAUGACAACGCCCUGAAAGCAACUUGCAAAGCCUCUGCUGUCCCAGAAGCAGUGAUGGAACAUGAAAACGUGUCGUCGGAAUGGAACAAGAUUCUUGCUCUUCUAAAAAAUGAAGAGGUUGAACGAAAAACGGCACAAGGACUGGAGGCUGAAAAGGAAGAUGGCGUUGGCGAGCCGUGCGAGCUCGAGCUUCUGCGGAAGCCUCCCCAGCAACAUUCGGAAGGUUCGGAAAGUUAUUGGAAAGCAGUGGCUAACCAAACCGUGAGAACCUACUGCUGCUUCAAUCCAGAACCGAAAACCUUGGACGGAAUGAUCUCGUGGACUUCCAGUGUGCUGCAAGAAUUUCAAGGUGAAGUCGGGAAGAGCUGUGUCCUGACCCACUUGGACUUGGACGCUUUGGGGGAGAGCUUAGGUCCUUGUCAGCAACCGUUUCUGAGGAAGCGCUACAACCCUGACAUGGCCCUGCUUCGGGAAUUGAUCCACGGCAGCAUGAUUGGCAGAAACGCGCAACGCAAGGGCGAUGAGGCAACCUGCCCUGCUGCCGGCGAGCUGUUGAUGGUGCACGCUGGGUUCGACAGGUCCAAGGACGUAGAAGCACUCUUUCGGGCUAGUACUGCGAGAAAGGAUGCGCCUUUGGACGCAGAGCACAAGGAACUGAUGAUCGUCUUCACGGACAAGUCCGUUCGAAGUCGAAAGAAAAAGGUUCGAGGCUCCUACUCAAGCAGGUCUGUGGCCAAUCUCUUUUCUGCAGUGCCCUUCUCAAACUUGCUUCCGGAGAAAGCCUACUCAGAAUUUGGGGGCCAUAAUACCGCAGACGUGUUCAUUGGUGCGCCAGCCCUUCAGCCGGAAGAGCUUUUGAAAGAGAAAGAAGAGAUUCUGGGCGUUGACCGGGUCCUCUCUGUCACAGAAGCUGCAGGGGAGAAAGCGAAGGCGAUGCCAGCGCAAUACGCGACUCCUGAAAGCGUUUUCAGCGGCCCUCCUUUGCCAGAAGCCUUCUACCAGUCCUUUUUGAAGGCCCAUAGCGUCAAGGCAGUGCUUGAUUGUUCCAGCUCGCAAGGCGAACUCGCCAAGGCGUGCUUGGCAGAGCGCAUUCCGUUCGCCGGCCUGACUUUGUCGGAGGCCCAUUCGACAAAGUUAGAAGUCAUUUUAACGAACUUCGUUCUGUCUCUCAUGCAAUCAGAAGGCAGCACGUACUAUCGGCCAGACGCCUCAGCCAUGGCUGCAGAAGCUUCCCGCAAACGGAAGCACGCCGGAGACGAGGAAGACACGACGGAUCCCAAGCCGAAAGGCAAGGCUAAGGCCAAAGGAAAGCCCAAGGCUACUCCCAAAGCAAACCCGUCCCCAGAGGAGACCGGAGCAGGCCAAAAGGACGAAGAAGUCCAGGGAGCCGAAGCGGAAGAAGGCGACGAUUUGCCUUGGUAG